CAGAGCCACAGUACUAGAAGUCACAACGUCGGAGUUGACAGAGUCGAUCCCUCUUUCUCGUACUGGAACUUGGAGUGGAGACUCUAACCGUGGUUUGAAAGAACUGGAUGAGUUCAAUCUAGACGCCUCCAAGAAAAGAAAAACUCUGCCAAGAUUUACACAGCAUGUCCGAGUGAGGGAUGAAACAGACUCGAAGGUAAAUUCUGAAGAUGACUUCUGCUGGAGGAAAUAUGGGUUAAAACAAAUACUCGGAGAAAAAUAUCCAAGAAGCUACUACAGGUGCACACAUCGUGCCCAAGGUUGUUUGGCCAAGAACACAGAGCAGAUGAUGACCCAAGAAUAUUUGAGAUUACUUAUCGCGGAACGCACACUUGUAAGCAAGUAGAAGGAACCAGCAUAGAGCCACAGAAGUUGCUGCAUAACCAUCAUGGGCGGGAUGUCAGGGGGCUGUAUAUGUUGCACUCUCAACCUUGCAAUGUUCAUGGGGCCAAUGAAGUGGAAGAUGCUGCUGAGGCAGCCAAAACUAUCACCUCUAAAAAAGAUGAAGAGUCAGAUCCCUUCCUUGAUCGUCAUAGUAUCAGUCUUGAUGCAAAUUAGAGAGUAAAGAUGAUCAUUGAGUUUAACAUUAACAGGAAUAAUUAUCUUCUCUGUUUUGGUGUUUAAUGCCUACAUCAGAAAAUUUCAGAGGACUGUUUACAACAAUUAUUGCAAUCUAAUACUUGAUUUGGUGUGUGUUUAUAAUAUGCAAAGAACGACUUUUUUUUUCUCUCCUAACAUCUAGAAUCGAAAUGAAACAGAGUUCGAAAAUCAGCCAGAUUAUCUGAAGUUUAUGUUUUCCCCAGUCGAUAAGGAGAAAGGUGUGAUGACCCAAUUGGCAGAAAAUAGAGGUCUAGUUAAAUUCACCGUAGAAGAUGAAGACCAACAGCCAGAUAAUGAGAAAGAUGAGAUUACUCAAUUGGCCAAAGACAAAGAUCUACUUGAAACCCCCAUAGAAAACGAAGGUCAACAACAAGAAUAUACAGGUAUCGAUGAAGUUCAAAUGCAUGAUAAAUCCCAGCAAUCAGGGUUGAAACGUACCGGAAAAAGUUGUCGAUUCCGAUGGUUGAACUAUCUUCGCUCGGACGUACGUCGAGCCAAUAUCACUCCUGAAGAACAACUCUUCAUCAAGAAAUUGCAUGCUAAGUGGGGAAAUAGUCAACAGCAGCAGCAGCAGCAACCACACAUCGUGGAUUUAAUGGAAUAACGGAAACGUUUGGAGUAUGGAGGAUAUAUGAUCCAUGCAGCUGCUUAAUUGUGACUAGACAUGAAGAUUAGUUAAUCACAUUUAUAUGGAAUGAA